AUGGUUGCUACUGUGGUUCAGGAAUUCAACCAACGAAGCAUCUCCUUUGCCUCCAGGUCCUACAGGUCUUCCAUUUCUUGGCUACCUUCCCUUUCUAGGAACCCAUCCCCACCUCAAAUUUCACAAGCUGUGGUGGUGGUUAGUUCACCCUCUCUGGUGAAAGAGAUAGUGCGUGACCAAGACACCAUAUUUGCCAACCCGGAGCCUCUCAUUGCUGCAUUGGUUGCCUUGUACGGUGGCACUGACAUAGCCUCUUUGCCUCACGGUCCACAGUGGAGGAAGGCUCGCAAGAUAUUGGUUAAGAAAUCCAUCAGGGAUGUCUACCAAAAGAAAAUAGGCUGCUCCAUAAACGUUGGUGACUUGGCUUUUCUAACAGCUACAAAUGCAAUAAUGAGUAUGAUUUGGGGCGAGACGUUGGAAGGAGAAGAAGGAGCUGCUAUUGGGGUUGAGUUUAGAACCGUUGUUAUGGUGUUACUAGGGAAGCCAAAUGUUUCGGAUCUUUUCCCCGCUCUGGCCAUGUUAGAUUUACAUGGAAUUCUUUGA